AUGGUAGCAGCUGGUGUACAAACAAAUGGAUACACGGUUGGAGUACGAAGGCUAACAAAAUCAUUCUCAGAAGUAGGGGGAGAUCGAUUAGCUGGCCGCGACUCUCCAAGUGAAAUUGCUACCACGGUGGAGAGUUUCAUCACCAGCGACCACGAAAAACUACAUAGAACUCAAUCUGAAGAACCACCAAGAUCUCCUCGGUCUCCUACUGCUAUGAUUAUGCCUUCAUCUCCUCUUCAACGAGUAGACUCCGAUGAUGUAACAUCUUCAUCAGUCAAAUCUGUUGCAUCGUCAUCACAAAUAGACAAAUCAUCCGAAUUAAGCGCUUUGCAAAGACAAGCUCAAGAAUACUUCCAACAAAACUUCCAAUUUAUUCACGAAAGUGACAGAGACGACACCAUUGACGAUGACAUAGAAAACCUUGAAAAAAGUAUGGCAUUAAAUCGCAGAAACCUGGAAUACCUCCAACAAGAGAUUGCUAAACAAAGCAAAGGUGACAAAUCACUCAGAUCUAUUCUAUCUAAAAGCACAAGUGAUGCUUCUCAAAAGACAAUCAAUUCUUCGCAUCCAUUUUCAAAAACUUCCACUUUCCAAUCGGAACCUUCUACUGAAACUUCUGCUACUACGACGGAUGAUAGCGAAAAGAAUGAAAAAGAAAUAAUAAUUGAUUUUGAACCGAGACCUGACGAUGAAGCGAUUCCGUUUACAACGCUUCGCAGGAAAAACAGAAGGAUGUUACAGAAAACUUUAUCAGAAGGAGAAAUACUUCUAGAUGUAAGAAAAACUGAACUGCAAACUAAUGGCGAUGGUAUAAAAGAUGCUCCUAUAGUAAUGUCAACAAGUCAAGAAAACAUGACACGAGAAGACCGCGAAAGGGAAGCAAUGUACACGCAGUAUGUUGGUCAAAAUUACAGUCAAACUCCUAUAAAAGACGAAGGAAUCUUUGGAUUUGAACCAGAUGGUUCUUUCAGUACCGCGAGGUCGAGCCCAGGAUCACCAGAACCGGUUACUAUUGAGGUAGAUGUAGAUCAAAAAGUAAAACGGGCUGUUAUUUCUAACACUGUUACUACUAUUUUAACACCUUUGGACAAAGUGUCACCGUGCGCCUCAAAUGAAUCUUUAACGGUCGAUCAAAGCAGGGACCAUUCGGAUGGAUUGUGGAAUGAAUCACAAACCACUGUUUUGCAAGUUGAUUCGGGUACAGAAAAUGGCACUGUAAUAAGCUCAUCUGAUCUUAGUUCAUUGGCAGCAUCACCUGGAGCAUUAGCAUUGUUAACUCCGACUUCAAGACGAAAACAACUGCUACUUCUUCAACAUCAACAGCGAUCAUCUUUAGACACAGACGCAUUGGAUGAAGAGUUUGAUGCAUCACAAAGUCAGUCACCGACUUCACCGCGUAAUAAACUAGACACAUCGAGUUCUAGUUCCCAAGCUCGAGCUUCGUUAUCUCCACCUGCAGUCGUUCCAAACAUUACACUACCUAUAACGAAGCAACCAACGAUAUCAAAAUCAAUUUCUCCAAUAGUACCCCCGAAAGUGAACCAUACACCUGCAAUUGCCAUUACCCACCCAAGCCUCGACCUGGCUGAUGUACCAUUCAAAAGGACUCCCAGUUUUAUAAACAAAAAACGUGAAAGAGCGUUGAGUCCGUCUAGAAGAAAGGAUUUGCAGAAAAAAGCUCAACAAAAAGAGCCAAAUGGCACGAUACCACAUCAAAUAGUAGAGUCUCCUUCUGAGCCUCCAUUAGCCAAAGCUGCUAGUAGUGAAACCAGCUUAGCUAGAACUGAUUCUGGAAAAAUUAACACUACUGAUGUAUCAGAAAGUACAACAACCACUGAAGAUUAUGUAACAGCAAAUUCAGAUAGCUCGAAAAAAAGCAAUAGUAAAAACCAAAAUCAACAUCCAGAAAAUAACAAAACACAAGAAGGGUCGUCUUUUGAAAGUGCAUCAAGUCUUUAUUCUUCAACUCGCACUGAAAAUAUAGCCGAAGAUAUGGUCCUGCCAAGUUUUUCCCCGCCUUUAGAAAUCAAUGAUGACUUUAUAGUUCCUGAUCUUGCAUCGCCCCCGCUACCCUUGCCUGAUCGAUUACCUAGAGUAUCUAUGGAAAAAAUUGAAGUCAAAGCCGAUAUCACUCCGACCAUUGAACACAUCAAGAGAGAAAAGACUGAUAUAAAAAUUAAAGACAAUUUACCAAAAGUUUCCAAGAAUAUGCGUGGCACAAUUAGUGGGAAGAGUAGUUCGAGUGGAAGUUAUAGUAUAGGUGGAUCAAAUCCAAAUGUAACUGAAGAUGCUGACGAUAAAACACCUACUGAAAAGAUUGUUGAAUUACCAGAACGUAGUGACAGUAAAGGAAAAGAAGACAAAACGACUGCUACAGUUCCAGAAAAAGAACAACAUGUACCAAAAAUGAUGGGUUCUUUAUCCGAUGACGAACGAAGUGUACAUUAUUCUUCAUCAGGGUAUUAUGAAAGUCCCGUUGAUGAUGACGACGAUGGAGGUUUAACUUACAAGCAUUCACAAAGAUACAAAUCAUCAACCAGACCUAAAUCUUGGUUAGCGGACGAAAAACGGCGAAAAAAGAAGGGUUUCACCUUAGAAUUUUCUAAAUCUUAUGAUGAUUCUGUAUCUACUUCUCAAGACGAUUGGGGUAAAAAACCUAAAGACCCAGACAGUAUAAGUCAAAAGUCAGAACGUAGUAUUUUCAAACCAUCAAAUGUAAAGUCUCCACAGGAUGAAAAAGCACCUGAAACUAGGAAAAAGAAAACUCACUUUGCAGAUAAAGCUAAAAGUGUCCAAUCGUCUCCAAGAGAUCCUGUAGACAUCGAAAAAUCAAUAAAAGAAAAAAAUAUGAAAGAAAAGGAAGAUGGUAAAUUUGCCAAAGCGGCAUCAGCAGAGUCACUCCGCUCUGUAUCACCAGGAUCAGAUUCCGUAUUCUAUUCAGAACAAACAGAGCAUAGUUUAGUAGGAGCUGAUGGGGAAUCGAAGGCACAUUGCUUACACUGCGGCAAAGAAGUCCAUAUCGUUACAGCUACCCACGAACAUGACAGUGUGGCUUCAAGGACAUCUCAUACUGAUGAAUCCUAUGCAGAUGCAACGCCAGAUAUAGUUCCAGCACCAGCUGGUUUCGCAGACUCACCUUCUUGUGCUUCAACUAAGAAACAUGCAAGCGGAGCACGACUAUAUAAGAAAUUAGACAAAAGAUAUCGAUCUGAAGACAAAUCAAGACAUUACUACCGUAAUAGACAAGACGUUCGAGCAAAGUCUGAAGAAAGAGGUAAAGAGGAAUAUGCAUCGAGUGAGAAAACUCAGGAUACUCGCAUAGCAAGAUCUGCUGGCAACAGUUUGGAUAAGCUGGGCGGAUCGAGCGCGAGCGUAGAUCCAGACGAACAUGAAGAAUGUUCUGGAAGCUCUGAAGGCGCUGAAGGAAGUCGAGACGAAAAAGGAAUUUAUGCUGCACCUUGGUGGUGCGGAAACUGGAUCAUGCUAUCUGAAAACAACGAUCAGUGGACUAGGAUCCCUCCAGAUGUAAUAGACACAGGAUCUGAAGCUGGACAGGAAGACCCAACAGUAUCUGAAUCAGAAUUCAACAAGAGAUACGUGGCUUUGACGCAUAGGCUAGUGCAUCGACGAGCGUGCAUUGAACUCAACAGGCGACAAGCUGAAAACACUUUUGUCAAAGACAUGUUGAACUCCAAGGGGAGUAUAAGACAGAAAUUGGAGGAAAUUCUCAAGCUGAUGCUGAUGUUAUGGUGUCGGCAGAGCCAAAUUAGCAGGCUUGUGGCUCCAGAACCAUGUGAGAGCGACAAAACAGUGGUAGUAAGGCGUGGUAAUGAAGAGUUUGGUUUCCGUAUCCAUGGAAGCAAACCUGUUGUGGUAUCUGCUAUCGAGCCUGAUACGCCUGCCGAAACUUCUGGACUAGAAGUUGGAGACAUCGUUAUAGCUGUUAAUGGAAUCAAUGUCUUGGAUAAGACGCACUCGGAAGUUGUGAAGAUUGCGCAUUCCGGAUCGGAAAUUCUUGAAUUAGAGGUGGCUAGAACAUGUGAGGUGGUAGCCUCAUUAGCACACGAGGGAGGACCCGCAGCUUUGUAUUCAGGGUACCUAUGGAGGGCAGCUCCAGCUAGACCCCACCAUCCUCCACGAUGGACCAGACGAUGGUUCGUCCUCAAGAGAGACAACUGCCUUUAUUACUAUAAGACAGAUUCUAGCAUUCAUCCCGUGGGAGCUCUCAUGCUUGUGAACUAUCAACUGACCGAAGAGGACGCAGGUAGACCCCACGGGUUUCGAUUACAUCGCGGCGGUGGCGUGCGUUUACAACUGGCAGCUGAUACUUCUGAGGCAGCCGCUAGAUGGCGUGCAGUGCUCGCGCAUGCUAUUGAUGCUAGCAAUCAGCGCGACGGCUGGUUGGAAGUAACGAUGAGGAAUAUGAAACUACCACCUUCAUCGAUACCAAGACCUGACUGUUUCGGUUACCUAAUGAAGCUUGGAUCUAAAUGGAAAUCCUGGGCCAAACGUUACUGCGUCCUCAAAGACGCCUGCCUCUACUUUUAUAAUGAUGGCAACAGCAAAAAUGCUUUUGUAAUCUACUGCUUGUCUUCCAAAGGUAUGGCCUGUUUGCACGGCUAUAGAAUACAGACUUGCGCUCCUGGUGGCAAGAAAUACGCCUUCGAAGUUAUGCCGACCGAGCCAAAACAGAGGCACUUCUACUUCCAUACUGAGUCCGAAAUGGAUAGAAAACGGUGGAUGGCAGCUUUGGAGUAUUCCAUAGACAGAUGGAUGAAGGCUGGUUGACGUCGGGCCCUCCUCUCGGAAGAUUCAUUCGAUUUUAUAUAAUUUUAGAUGUAUUAAAUAUAUCCACUGUUAUUCCAUUAUUUGAUUUAUUAUAUU